CCAGCAAUACAUUCCUCCUCCAAAAAUCACUCUUAUCAUGAUCGCCGCACCCCAUCUCCGUUCAUUACAGGCUCAAAUAUUUCAGUGUCACUUUAUAACAGUUUGUUAAUGGUAUGUUGAAUGUUACCCCUCAAGGUGCCCCAAUCAGGUAGGUAAUUUAUUCAGUCAAUCAACAAUUAAAUGGUCUUGAGGAAAAAGAAAAAUUGAAUGUGGUGAACUACAUAGAGAGCGGUCUUUACCGAACUUAUUAUGAAUGUUGUUUCUUUUCCAUUUUGACGUACGACAUAUUUGGUGAAAUUCAACACCGGAAGUAAUUCGUGCGAAGAAGCUCUUAGAACGGAAGUUUUGAUAACGCAGUAUCAGUCAGGGGAAGAAAGAGGCUCAGACUUUUCGACAAAAUGGUGAAUUGUUUAGUGAUUACGGCGAUUAUAUGUGUUUUGAUUACAACUGUUGGCACGAUAGUGUCUUUUGCAACACCUAACUGGUUAAAUGUGAGAGUUCCUGCAAACGAUCUGGACCAACGAGUAGAUGUCUGCGAUUGUUCAUCAACAGACUGCGAUUGUGGGCUAUGGCUUAACUGUAGAGGAGGGCCAUCGUCAUCAGGAUCUCUCAACAACUGUCAAUGGUUUUUCGCCAAUGAAUUUGCCAUUGAAAAGAAUCUUCCAGACUGGUUCAAGGCUGUCCAGGGAUUGAUGUCAUGUGCAGUAGCUAGUUCAAUGCUGUCUCUCCUGAUUGGUCUGUUUUCUCUCUGCUGGGCCUGCAAGGGAUGUAACCCAUACCAAGCCACUGGAGCAUUUGCCAACCUUACGUUUCUCCUACUGGCGGUGGCCAUUUCGUUAUUCGGAGCGGAGGCUUACCUCAGAAACAAAGCAGAGGUCAUGACAGUGAAGAACCGCAAUACGGACACCAUCCUCCUGUUCGGCUGGAGCUAUUGGGUGGCGGUGGGUUCCACUGCCUUGUCACUGAUCGCUAGUAUACUUUACUUCUGUGUGGGCCGAAAUGAAGAGGAAUACAACUAACAAGGAGGGGGAGUGUCUGCCUGUUAACAAGGAGGGGCGUGUCUGCCUGUAUGUGUGAGUGGAGCGGAGGGCCAGGCUCGGAAAGGGUUGGGUGGUGGGGGUGUUAUGAACUAAACUUAUUACAAGACGGAAAAUUUUGGCUCCAACUUAAUCAUGUUAAGGAUGGAUAAGACAUUGUUAAAAUGGAUGACUUGUUUUUGAGACACAAAUACGUGAAUAAGUAUCAGUCACAUAUUCUGUGUCUUUUUAAAUUUUGUUACAGGCUGGGUUAGCUCUGGGAGUAAUGUGUGAGCCUGUUGAUCUAUUGAGCCCCACAGAGGUUUUCAUGUUUACUCCUGUGACACUUUACCGAAAUUUAAAUUUUUUAGGAAAUAAGGUGAAUUGUAAAGUUUUCAAUUUCAAAAUAUUAUUGUGCAUAUCUUUCAAUUAUGAUCCAGAACAUUUUCAUUGGUGUAUUAAUCUUCCUUAAUAAUGUCUGCAAUGGAAGUUGUCUAAAUCAGACACAUCAAUUUUUUUUGGGGGGUGGGGGGUGGGGUGGGGGGCUUGGGGUACACAGUUUAAUUAAGAAAUAAUUUGGUUGUAGUAGCAGGAGGCCUAUAGAGUAGUACACUUUGUGCUGAUUACCGGUACAUUGUAAGAAAGUUCAGAUAUUUGUAAUGAUGAAUAGAGAUUUUAUAUAUAUGCAAUAUUUGUUUGUAUUUUGCACAAGCUAAUUCUUUGAGAAAACAAAUGUGUAUAGUAUGAGUAUGUGAGAUGGGAAAAAUUCUUUUUUGUUGAAAUGUUUUUUGUGCAUAUACAUGUACAUUGCCAAGUGAAUCAUUGGCAUUUCAUUACCAUCAGAAAGGCAUACCUGUGAAACAAAGAAUUGUCACACAUUUCAAUCAUUAGACCUCUACAUGCUUAAGCUUCUUUUAUACUGGUAUUCUUCAGUAAAAUUAUUUUCAACAUUUUUUAUACAGGAGAUAUUUUUUUCUGACAAACAUAUCAAAAUGAUGAAACAAGUGCCUUAAUGUUGUGAAAUCAUGCAUUUUUAAAAAAAAAGAAUUAUAUUUCUGAUUUUUUGUUUACAUAUAUAUGUAUAUCAAUAUUGGUUGUAACAGGUUAUAACUUGAUACUGAUAGUUGAUGUGUGCAAGAUUUGGUUGUGAUUCACAUAUUUUAAGGAAUGACAAAACACGUUUUUUAAAUACUUAUUUGUAAAUGUUUAAGCUACAGUCAUGGCAAGUCCAUAAUAAGUGUAGGGUAACUGGAGUGCUCCAUCUGUAAAAAUGUAAACAAUAUAAAUGUGCCAAAGUUUUGUACAGAAACUUACAAAAGUAGCCAUGAGCAAACAAGGUAGAUAACUCUAAUUGUAUUUGAGAUUUAUGUAUGAAACACAGAUACUCAGAGAGAAUGAUAAAGAAAAAAUUGGAAGUAUUGAAAAGCUUCCAAUUUAAAUGUUGUAUAGUGUUUAUUUAUUCAUUUCAAAAAUGCAUAUAAAUUAUCAGAAUUUUCUAGUCACAAAUUAAUUUUUAUAGCUUUAAUUAUAGUAAUGUGUGAUAACACAGCCAUUUGGUAUUUUGCUCUGUGUGGUUUCAGUACGGCUCUCUGACAUGUAUAAUGCAAUAAGAAUUCAAAGGGAAAGAUACUCAUGUUUAUCAUUAAAAGAAGAAAACGAUGUGUAUAUCAAUAACAGGAAACAAAGUCAGCUGUGGAUUGUGCAUUAGUCAAUUACAUCAAUAAUUUCAUUGGACAUUGCAUGACGGAUAGUUAACUUUAACAGACAGUUAGUUCCCAUUAACUCUUACAAUUUAUAUAGUUUUAACUAAACAUUAACUGUCAGUUAAACUUAACUCGUGUAAUUGGUCCCUAGUUGUUACAGAAUGACAGAUUUUUGUGUUUAUGCCACAAUUUGCCUGUGGAAGCAGAUAUUCUUAUAUUUGUGUUAAGGAAGCAUAAGAGCUUACAACUGGUGCUGUUCACUUGGUGUCAUUGUAGUGUUGUAAUGAGGAGAGUGUGGGUGGAUGUGCUUGUUUGUAUGCUGUGAAAAUCUCAAUUACUUUUUUAUUAUUUUGUAUCUGCUUUGCAAAAUUUGUCGAAAAUACCAUUUUUUAAAAAGAAAAUAGACUGAUAUAUGCAUUCAGUAUUUCUGUUUGGUUGUUCAUGUAAUUAUUUUAUAUAUAUUCUGAUUCAGAAUACUGAUAUGUAUCUAAGCAAGCUGUAAUAAUGUCUUCCAGAUUAAUAUAUACCAUAUGUUCAUUUCAUCAGGGUUUUUUUUCUACAUCAAAUUAUCACUUUGAGAAAAAUUUGAUAGUGUAAUAUAUUUUGAUACAUUCGAAUACUCUUGUGGUAGAAACUGAUCUGCAUUUAUAUGUAUUUUUCGAGCAGGUGCUGUAAUUUUUCUUAAUUGACUUACAUUUCAAGUUUUAUAAUAUUUCUUGCAUGUCGGUGUUAGUUUGAUUUUGACAAUAGUCACAUCUUCACUGGCACAAUCCUUCUAAAUUGAAUAUAGGUAUUAUUGCUGAUAAAUGUUAUAUGGAGAGUGAAACUCCAAAAAGAUGGAACUUAAAUUCAUAGACAGAAAUUGAACAGCUGUUGCAUCACAACCCUCUGCUCAGGACAAAUGUUGCGUGUAUGAUUGUGAAUCAGAAUUUGUGUACUUUGUUUUUUAGAAGAUGCACGUAUUAGUAUUUAUAUCUGAUAUCACUGAGACUUAAGUGUUUUACCAUUGUAUAUUUUGUAUUUAUUUUCUAAGCCCAUUUUAGUCUUGUGUCACUUGUUUUAUGUUUUUUGUUAAUCUUCAACUGUAUGAUUUACAUUACACACAAAAUUGUAUACAUGUUUUAAAACAACUCAUUAUUGUAGCCGAUCAGACAUACUACAGUGGUUAUGGUAGAUUUUUUAGUGUAGAAUAAAAAAUGUCAGUCAA